ACUGCUGCUGCUGCUGCAUCAAACGGAUUAACGAGAGCAGGCGGCCGCGAUUUUCCAAAAAUAGAAAACUGCGCUCCUGCGCCAGCCACCGCCAGCGCUGUUGCUCCUCCACCGCAACCUCUCUGACACUACCUACCCGGCUACAACUGCAUAUUAUCACUCAUCGUCUCUCUUUCGCCUUUGUUCUGCUUUUCUUCCGAGGCCUUCGUUGGUGUACUUGUGCUUCCUCUUUCCUUCAAUUCCUCUGCUCCGCUCUCUUCUUUUUCAGGGAGGAAUCCGAGCAAGGGGAGGCGUGGUCGAUGCGAGUAGAGUAGAAGGGAGGAGGUCAUAAAUGGAAGCUGACUGGUUGGUUGUGCCUGCUAAGCGGACGGAGCACGUCGAGGUGACCUCCAAGACUUUGCCGCCGGGAUGCAAGCGCCGGCGAUGCGACGUUUCCAGGCCACACACCGUCAGAAUCUUCUGCGACGACCACGACGCCACCGACUCUUCCGGCGACGAGGGUGAGUGCCGCGGCGUCCGACGCUACGUGCAGGAAAUCCGCUUCGAGUACCGCCCCUCUGCGGCCGCCGGCAAGAGCAAGCCGAGAGCUAGGAAGAGAAAGGCGGCGGUAGGUUCUUCUGCUUCCAUGCCCGCGUCCGGAGGCGGCGAUGGAGGGGCGAGGAGGUUCCGUGGCGUCCGACGGAGGCCAUGGGGCAAGUACGCGGCCGAGAUCCGCGACCCGUGGCGGCGGGUACGAGUUUGGCUGGGCACGUACGACACCGCCGAGGAGGCGGCUAGGGUUUACGACUCGGCCGCGAUCCAGCUCCGCGGCCCCGACGCCACCACCAAUUUCUCCCAGAAGCCCUCCGCCGCUCCGUCGUCCACCCCACGUUCCAAGAAGUACCUCUCCACCAGCAUCCUCACCUCCAUGUCUGGAGGCUCCCAUUCCGGCGACGAAUCGCCAAACCUCUCUUCCCCUACCUCCGUCCUCCGCGACUUCUCUUGCUCUUCCAAUGUCUCCACGAAGGCAUCCCUCGAGGUCGUCGGAAGGCCAAACUCUCCGCCUCCAGCCUCCGACACCGCCGGGCUUCGCUUACCGUGGCAGCUCACCGGCUUUUUGCCCAUCGAAGAGGCGAUGCCACACGACGAUUUCCUCGGCUUCGAUGCUUCCGAGCCGAGCCUUUUCGGCGACUACUCGGCUGACAUCGGCUUCCUGGCCGAGGAGUUGAGCCACGCCUUCCUCAGCUCCGGCCUCGAGUUCGGCACCUCCACGUGGCACGGCGGAGACGACUAUUUUCAAGAAAUCGGCGAUUUAUUCCCAAUCGAACCGCUCGCUGGCAUCUGAGUCCGUUACACAAGAACAGAACCGUCGUACAGGGCACGCGUGGAGAAUCCCUUGGAAGCUACCCGUAGACCGUCAGAUUCCAGCAGUAUUCAAUUUCGGACGUCGAUCUGUCUCACUGUCAAUCGACCAAAGUUUACGAUAAUAUAAAAAAUGAGAGCCUUUUCACAAAAUCUUCGUCCAUUUUGUACCUUUUUAAUAAACUUGUUUUUAC